GUGAAGUAUAUCCAUACCAGAUGGAUACAAUUGAGGUUGAAUGAACAGCACCGGUUGAACAAGAGCGCUACUGUGAAACGUUUUACAGCAAAUGAAUGGAUACCGCUUGUUUCACAGCCUCUCAUCGCAUUUCAUGUCAAACCAUGAAUCCGGAUUUAUUUAAACAGUGUCCAGAGCGUGGGCAAAUUCUGCCUAAUUCCGCCAAAACGACCAACAACAGGACUAAAUCGGAACAAAUUAAACCAGAACUCGCCCAGGUGAUCACAGAUUCGAAGACUGGAAAAUCCUACAGCAAAGGAAAGCUUUUGGGAAAGGGUGGAUUUGCACGAUGCUACGAAAUGACAGACCUUGCCAACAACAAAAUGUAUGCUGUGAAGGUGAUUCCACAGAGCAGAGUGUCCAAGCCUCACCAGAGAGACAAGAUUACCAAUGAAAUCGAGCUCCACAAAACCCUCUCACAUAAGCAUGUGGUGAAGUUCUCCCAUCAUUUUGAGGAUCAAGACAACAUCUACAUCUUUUUAGAGCUCUGUAGUAGAAAGUCUCUGGCACACAUUUGGAAGGCAAGACACACGCUGACCGACCCCGAAGUGCGGUACUAUUUACGACAGAUCAUAUCUGGCCUGAAAUACCUUCACAACAGAGGUAUCCUCCACAGGGACCUCAAACUAGGCAAUUUCUUUGUGAACGAGAACAUGGAUUUACGUUUGGGAGACUUUGGCCUUGCAGCAAAACUGGAGACUGUCGAGCAGAGGAAAAAGACAAUUUGUGGAACUCCUAACUACCUUGCCCCCGAGGUUUUGAACAGACAGGGCCACGGGACAGAGUCUGACGUCUGGUCUCUAGGCUGCGUCAUGUACACUUUGAUGUGCGGCAACCCUCCGUUUGAAACUUUGGAUCUGAAGGAAACGUACAAGUGUAUCAAGGAAGUGAGGUACAACAUCCCCUCCACCCUCUCUCCUGCCGCCCAAAAGCUCAUAUCAAGCGUCCUCCAGAAGAAUCCAAGUGACCGUCUCACACUUGACCAGAUUCUAAAUCACGAGUUCUUCAGCAAGGGCUUCACACCAGAUAAACUACCUGCCAGCAGUUGUGUGAUGGUGCCAGAGCUCCAUCCUCCCAGCCCUGCCAAGAAGUUCUUCACCAAGAUGGCCAAGAGCUUCUUUGGCAAAAAGAAGGCCAAAGUGGAGAAGAUUCCAUGCGAGGAGAAGGAUGACAUCUCCAAGCUGGUGUCUGGUAUCGUGAAGUGUUCCAUCAGUCGUCAGAUGAGCUAUAAAACUGUCGGUGCUAACGAGGUGACAUCCCCAACAGGACAACUGGUCAGCUCUGGACCAAUGGACACUCCUGCUGAGGAAGAAUCGAGGAAGUCAAUAUCCCGCUCCUUCAAAGGCACUGUGGCCAGUAGCACUGAACCGUGUGAAGACAUUCUGACUCCUGCAGCGGUUGCUGACUCGGCCAUGAAGGUCCUGAACAGCUGUCUGUCCUCCAUGCCUGCAGGAUCCAGAAAUCCUCCUUGUCUCUCCAGAUCCAAGCCCUUUGUCUGGGUCACAAAAUGGGUCGACUAUUCCAACAAAUACGGCUUUGGCUACCAGCUGUCUAAUCGCAACAUCGGCGUGCUUUUCAACGACGGCACCCACCUUAGUCUGUGUGACGACCGCAAGACGGUGCACUACUGCCUGACCAACAACAAACACUUCACCUUCCAAGCCAGUGCCCUCCCUGAGCAGCUGCGCUGUCAAAAGCAGAUUGUGGAGCUCAUGGCUAACUACAUGGAACAGAACCUCAUGGAGGGUGGAGACAUCCUCUGCGAGGACCAGCCUCCAGCCACCCCUCUGCUUCUGCAGUGGGUGAAGACCGACCACGCUCUGGUGAUGCUCUUCAACAACGGGACCCUGCAGGUGAACUUCUAUACGGACCACACCAAGAUUAUCCUGUGCAAGUCUCCAUCUGACUCAGCCUGGCUGCUCACCUACAUUAGCCGAGAGCGUGUCUCUUCCACCUACCUUCUGAGCAUGCUCACAGAGCUGGGCUGCUCGGCUGAACUGAGGCACCGCAUGCGCUACGUCGUGCAGCUUCUCCAGCACCACGCUGAUGCCUGAUUGGGCCGCAUGCCUGAGGAGCAAUCGGUUUUGGAACCCGGGAUGCCCCAACCGGGUGGGAGUUGUCACCUGUUGGCCAAUAGCAUGGUUCUGAAUAGGAAAGUGACUGACCCUGGGGGGCGGGGAUGUCCAGUGAUUCACCUCACCUUUGACUGACUUACCUCUACCUUCCUUACUCUUACACACCUUCCUGGUUUGGUCCCCAAGCUGUCCUGUCCCUCCCCCACUCAAAGACCCUCUGCUGCUGUUUCUACCCCCACUGGGAGACCUUCAAACUGAGGAGGGGUUCAGGGGAGAGGUGCAGAGGAACCCCCUCACUCUCUACAACUUGAUUCUGGUCUCUGUGGACUGUGGUGCACAUUUUUAUUAUUAUCGAACCAAUUACCAGAUUACACGCUCACACUAUUGGCUAGACCACACAAAUGCACACCUGAGCAACCUCUGGACUCUGUUGCCGAGACACAGACUGGAUAUGGGACACGGCAGGGCUGGGAUCUGCAGUCUAAACUGGACCAGAGAUGGUCUAUGGUUCUUUUAAGCUUCAGUGUCACUUUGCCUUCUGUUCUUGUUUUUGUUAGUUUUUUUUUUAAGAUAAAACGAGCAUUACAGGUCUGUGCACGUCUUCAUGCAGAGAGGCAUGGGUGUGUGACACUGCACUGUUGGUUUUUUUGAGCAGCAGUCCUUUUUUGGUUUUGUUUUUUACGACAAAGUAAAUAGCGGUUUUUAUUUAUAUUUUAGCUA